GAUUGUGUUUUUGGUAAACAGCGACGGAUUAUACAAGAUGAAUCGUCUGUCUGUUCCUCCUGAUGGCUGCUUCUUCCGAAUUCACAUUCUCGUUAUGGAUGCUUUAAACUGCAGCAAACCGUGUCCAGACUUUGAACUUGGCAGCAGAUACAUUGUGAUGGGUCAGACCUACCACAGGACACAGAUCCCUGCAAAUCUACUGCAGAUCCUGAGAGGGCGCCUGAGGCCUGGGGAUGGACUGACUGGGAGCAGCAGGAGCUACGUGAAGAGAUUCAACAGGAAGAGGAACCACAAAGCGCAAGGGGCUGAUGCUAAAUGUAGAUAA